CUUCCGCCUUCUGCUUGUGACCGGCAGACGGGCAAAAGCGAAAUGCACAAAUGAACUCGGAACUGUGUGAACACUGUGAAGUCAGUCGAGUUCAAUGAUCCAUCAGGACGUUGAGAGCGUGUCCCACAAUGAACGGCGAUACGCAACCCGAAACGGGUGUUUACCUUGACUAUAAUGCUACAACGCCUAUGGCACACGAAGUACGCAUUGCUGUAUCCAAUGCGAUGGAAACAGCUUGGGGUAACCCCAGCAGCGCUCACAAAGCAGGUGUCGCUGCUCGUCAAAUCAUUGAAACUGCUCGAAAAAGUGUUUCCCAAAUGAUCUACGCAAAACCAUCAGAAAUUAUAUUCACGUCCGGAGGCACUGAGAGUAACAACAUGACGAUUCAUUCAGCGAUCCAACACUCCAAAGAGAUGUCUCAUAACCUAACUGGAGACCGGUGCCCUCAUAUCAUUACCAGUAACAUCGAACACGAUUCUGUCAUGCUACCAUUAAAGAACUGGCAAAGAAAGGGACAGCUAGAACUGACCAUCGUGCCAGUAUCCAAAUCAACUGGCAGCAUCGUUGCUGAAGACGUAAUUUCGCACAUAUUGCCAAACACGUGCCUCGUCACUGUAAUGCUCGCAAACAACGAGACUGGAAUCAUACAGCCAAUAGAAGAGAUUGGCCGUCUACUUCGGAAAGAAAACGCGAAACGGAAGAGCGCCGGACUUGCGGAGGUGUUGUUUCAUACGGACGCUGCACAGGCGCUUGGAAAAAUUGACGUGAACGUUUCGUCUCUUUGCGUGGACUACUUGACUAUAGUCGGACAUAAGGUCCCACCUCUUACCCUUCUAUUUUCUUUCUACGGACCACGCAUUGGUGCCUUAUACUUCCGAGACUCAAAGCCCCUGUAUCCGAUGUUCUUUGGAGGCGGGCAAGAAAGAGGCUAUCGUCCCGGAACUGAAAACGUCUGCAUGAUUGCUGGGCUCGGGUGUGCAGCAGAACUAAUUACGAAGAACAUUGAAGAGUAUCGUUCCACAAUGAAAACAACACGAGAUUAUUUAGAGAAGAAGCUGCAGGAAGCCACGAGAGUCACCUUUAAUCAUCACAAAGGGGCUCAUGUUCUUCCUAAUACAUGCAGCGUUGCAUUUCGUGGCUUGAAUGGACAUGAGAUUCUUAGCCAAGUGAGAAUACAGGCAAGCACAGGAGCAGCAUGUCACAACUCUAUGAAAAGGGAUUCAACGGAAACUUGACAUGAUGAAGAGGAUUUCAUCCUUGUUUUCCCUCUCCCAAAUGCACUACUGAAGCAACAAUUUGGGGGGGGGGGGAGGUUAUAGUCACAGUGUUGCUGAAAAUUGCACUGACUACAGUGUUCCUUAUGUGUUCCUUUCCAAAGUCAACUUGUGUGUGUGCCCCACUUUUUGUCCCACGUCUCAGGGUUUCGCUAUCGUGGACAACUUGUACAAGUCAUCGCAUGAUCCCAAACAGACUGUUUGCUUUGCUAAUCCUCUCUUCCUCGCUGUAUAUAUCUCAGCAAACUCUCACAA